UACAACCACUUCCGAGAUUGUGUUAUUAGGUGUAUCAUUCUCACAGACAGCAGAUGAAGAAGGCAACUCUGGGAUGCAUCUGUUACCAGAGCCUCUGUUUUCUGUUCCCACUGAUGGCUCCUACAUUCUUACUAUUAAGGGCACCAAUGAUGGCAGAAUUUUCAUGGGAGCCAAAGAUGGUUGCCUCUAUGAAUUAGUCUAUCAGGCAGAAGAUGGUUGGUUCAGUCGAAAGUGCCAGAAAGUAAAUCACUCUAGAUCAACAAUAUCCUACCUAUUACCCUUCCUUGCCUUCUCUGAGGAUGAUCCAAUUAAUCAGGUGGAAGUAGAUGACAGUCGACACAUUCUGUACACCUUGAGUGAAAAGGGAACCAUUACGGUGUAUGAUUUGGAUGCAGAUGGGAAGAACACGUCUCGAGUUGUCGCUGUUCCUCACAACAAUAUCAUGAAUGCAGCACUACAAGUUGCCAAAACUGUUGACAAAUCAAACUUUAAGAGUGUUGUUAGCCUCUGUCCAAUCAGUACUAGUGAAUCACCACACAUUCACUUGGUUGUUGUCACAGGUACUGGUGUGAGGUUGUAUUAUACGACAAUGCCUCUGGUUGGAGGACUCACUCAGAGACCAUCCCAGCUGACACUCCUCCACGUGCGACUUCCGCCUGGCUUUGCAGCAAAUGCUACUGUUUACCGACCAACCAAAGUGCACAAGGCACUCUAUUCACAUGGCACUGGUGUUUUAUGUUCCAAUGAGAGUAAUGAGGCAGCUGUAUGGACAAUGAGUAGUGAUCAGUACCCAUACCAUCCAACUUUAGCAGAAUCACAGAGUACUCAUGCUGUUGAUGGAUUUGUGUGGGCUUUGGCAGAUGUGACUCCCCAGCUUUGGUGCUCAGCCCUCAACCCAACAACACCCCAGGGGACGAAACCACCUCUUCUGGUAACCCAGCACCAGCAGUCUCCUCGCCAGUUGGUCUUACUUUCUGCCACAGGUGCGCAUGUCCUCACAUUCUUAAGACCUGUGGACCAGUUGCGGCAGAUGCUAGAAGAGUCAGGAGGAGCAGAGUCCAACAUGGUCAAAGAAUUCUUUUCAGCAAUGACACCUACACAAGCAUGUGCCACAGCGCUGAUUAUCGCUACUGAUCCCCAUCGUCCAAAUGCUCAGGUGGCAGAAUGGGCAACUCGUGCCUUAUUUUUAUAUGGUGCCAAUCCUCCCCCUGCUCCGGUAACAUUUACUCCUCAAACACCAGCAGGCUACAAUUUUCAUCCAACACAAGUAUCAACACCCAUGCCUGGUCAGGCUACAAACACAGCUAUUGUUCAGGAUGCUCAAUUUUCACCUCUGCAUAAUGCCCUCUACCUAUAUCUAGCAAGAAUCCUAAGACCUGUGUGGGCAAGUCCAGUUGCAAAGGAAACACUAAUGGAAGGAAAACCAAUUCUGAUGAGUUCAAUGUCUGCUGAGGAAUUGGGUUUCCUUGCCGAGAGAGUGGACCUUCUGGCCAAAUUCCUCUUAACCAAUCAAGGAGGAACCACUCCCCUUCAGCCCCUGAAUGCGUCAAACACAACUCUGAACAUCACACGAUAUGGAGGGGAUGGGUCAGAGCGUGCUUCCCUGCUGGCCUUGAGGUCACUUCUCAGUCAAGCGCUGGAGGUGCUGAAGCUCAUGACAGUUCUCUCCACCCACAACUUCACCACAAUUACAGGAAGCCUGCAAAAAGAAAUCCGGGAACAGUUACGAACAAUGACCUUCCGGGAUUUGGUUUUAACUGGCAGAGAGGUUUGCCGUAGUCUUAUCAUGGCUUUGCUAGACAGAUAUCAUGGAGAUAAUGCCUCAGCUGAUGCUAUAUCAGAAAGGUUACGGGACAUUUGUCCAGGACUCUACAGAAUAGAAGAUGCCAAACUCGCAAAGGCAAAUGAAAUAAUCUUGGCAGCAAAGGCAAAUACAAACAAAGCAGAGAAGGAGAAAGGUUUUAAGGAAGCAGUGGCGUUGUGCAAGCAAAUUGGUCAUCAUGUCAAUGUGAAUGGCAUCAGCAGCCAGUUGGCCAGCGGAGGGGCCUAUGAAGGAGUAGUCGACCUUUGCCUAAGUGUUGCAGCCCAGAGAGACCCUGCUGGCUUAGCUCUUCAUUAUUAUAAGAAUAAUGAGCCAGCAGAUGACCACCAAGGCUACAUGGCCUUCACAUCCAGGAUGGAGUGCUACCGAGUGAUAAUGGAUCAGUUAAAUCAGCUAGUUGGUGCAGGUGUUGUACCCCAGACGUCCCCAACAGUGCCCUCUCGUCCUGGUCCACCCACACCCCCACCAUCUACACUGCCGUCUACAGAUGCUACACAGUAUGCUAAUCAGAUGAUGAACCUAAUAGUUGGCAGCAAUGAUGAACUAGCACAUGUGACUUUGUAUCAGUGGCUAGUAGACACAAACCGUACUGACCGUCUCUUGGCCAUAACCUCCCCAUACUUGGAGACCUUCCUCACUCGAUCCAAUGGCCAGUCUCCUCUCCACCAUCUGCUUUGGAGAUAUUAUGAAAGAAAUAGAGAUUAUUUCAAGGCUGCAAAAACACUCUUGCUCCUGGCUGAACAGAUAGGAGAUACUCCAGUAAAUGUACGAGUGGAAUACUUGUCUCGUGCACUGAUGUGCCUCAGUUCCUGUGAGAUGAACACAGCCUCAAGCUAUUCAGACUUCAUGCUUCACAUGGAAGAGAAGAAAGAAGUUGCUCGUGUGCAGCUUAUGGUGCUAGAUGCUCUCCAGGGAGAAGGGGCAAGUGCUGAUGUUAUUGCUCAGGUCAAUUCCUCACUCCUCACUUUGACAACGCUGUAUGAGAAGUUUGCUGAACCCUGGGCAUUGUGGGAAUGUAAACUUGCCAUUGUUCACUGUGCAGGACACUCAGAACCUCAGCUUGUACAGUCAAUUUGGACUAAUCUCAUUGACCGUGAAUUGGAGAGGUCAAGAGUUGAGCCUGUGGAGACGCGUGUGGAUUCUUUGUCCAGCAAAAUCAAAGCCCUUGCUCGUUUGUAUUCUGCCAACCCUAACUACUUCCCCUUAGAACACAUUAUCAAGGAAUGUGAGAUUCGUUCAGUCCGGCUGCGUACCAAUACAUCUUGGGUAGUCACGGCCUUGCAAGGUUGUGGCAUCCAAGUGAGCAGACUUAUCAACAUCUAUCAUAAGUUAUAUCGUAGUGGAGAUAGUGUUUGGGAGGUGGAGCGGUCACCAUACCAUCUCCUUGGUGUGUUGGCACACUUGAUCACAAUGCUAGUUGACAAUGAAGCCACUGUGCAGCCUCCACAGAAGCGAGCGCUAAGGGAGCAGUGUUUGGACUAUGUAGCUGAGUACUUGACUGACCUUGGAGCUUCAGCUGAUGCAUCUGCAGGAGUUAUCUCGGCACACUUAAAGACUUGUCAGGCAAAGCUAGAACGAUUUGUUUAGAUUUCCAAGCUUAUUAGAUAAGAAUAAAGGUUCAAAUAUAUGUAUCAUAUGUUUGUCUUUUUACGUGUGAAUAUCCGUAUUGUUAAAAAUGUAAUGAAAAAAAAGGAUUUUCAUCUUGUAAUUGUAUGCAAGUGUGUCUUCUUGUGUAAUCACUAUGUUGAGGAGCAAAUGUUUGAAUCUUCGUGAUAAGUUUUUUUGUCAAGUACAACUUUAUCUUCAAGACUGCAUUACCAGUGGUUCUUGUACCUAGCAUGUGGAAAAACAUGCAUAAUGAUGUGCUGUGGUAGUGGUCAUUAAAGAGUAAUGCCCUUUUCUAAUGUAAAAUAACAUGAAAAUAAAGGCCUAGUCUGUUAAUAAAUGAAUUUAAAAACUUGUGUAAGUAAUAUUUCCCUGAUUUGGAACAUGCAUUUAUACUCAGUAUAUUGUAUUUUUUGCGAGUAUUUGCACUGCAUUUACAGCAAAUCAGGAUUUUUUAUUCAUUAAAAAGUAACAGUAAGUAAAAUUCAAGACCAGAUUAUUAUAUUAACAGAACAGUAGGAUCUGGAACUACUAUUUUUAUAUUUAUUAUUAUUUUUAUGCCAAGUGGACUGAGUUGGAGGUCAUAAAUAUAACUAUGCUGCCAAAUACCCACUUGUCUGGAGAUCAAACAGUGGGCUCAACUUCUGGUGCUGUGAAAGAAAGACACUUUGUGCUUUUUGCACUGUUAAUAUUUGGAGGCUCAUUUUAUCAUAUUUUAGUAAAGUGUUUGACUGUUGUAGUGAUACUUUUUUUAUAUGUGAAAUGUUAGCAGUAGUUCAUAAAUCUUAAUCAUUUGUUUGUUCCUGAUAUGAUUUUACUUUUUGGGUGCACUGUUAGACCAGUGGUUUUGAGUAUAAUUGUGUAUAUUUUAUUUUUUUUUCUUUGCAUUUAAUAAUAUUUUUGAUGUAUAAAAAUAGUUUUUAUUAUUUAUAUAUGGCUUUGGUAAAGAAACAAAUGAAAGUGUUUCAUCCCACUGAAAUUUCAAUAAAGUUUUGUAGCAAA